AUGGCUCGCCAUCGUUCAUCGCGCUCAUCGCACUCAAGCAAGUCUGUCGACAACGACAAGAACGUCAAGUGCGCGCCCUAUGGCAAAGAACUGCCGAAGGAGAUGAUCGAGGAGGUCAACGUCGAGUUUCAAGUGGCUCCGGGCCAAAGUGUAAGUUUAAAAUUUGAUUUUUUUUAAAUUUUGGGCUGAUACAGAGCUGGAGCUUGAAUGGGUGAGACUAAAAUUAAAUUCAUUUUUGUUUUAGUGUGGCGUCAACCUCAACUCCAAGACAAUGGUUGUGACCAAACUGGAAAUGGAAGGUGCUGGCGUUACCAAGAUCGAGUUCGGCGACGUUCUUCAGACGUUGAACGGCGAAAGCUUGUGGAAGGGCUCUAAGGCCAACUUCAACAAGUUCCAGAGCUUGUACAAGAAGCUGGCAGCCAAAGGAUCCACUGUAAGUUUUCUUUGUAAAUUUUUUUAAAAAUUUUUUUAUAAGACUAAAAUGUGAUUUUAGUGCAAGAUCACGUUGCUCCGACCGGUCAACGUCCUUCCUCUGGACACCAAGCGUCUUCCGAUGGACCAGCGGCAGGCAGGCUACUCGUACAAGUUGGCCGUUCUGUACAAGAUCGAGAAACGGCCAUUGGGUCUCCAGCUUGUACCUGGGAACAAUAGGUUCUACGUGUUGAACGUCCACGAGUUUACGUGCGCCGCUCGUUGCGUGGAACAGGGCGACGCCAUUCUCGACGCGGACGGUGAAACAAUUUCCAAGAUCGCGGACCUUGCACAAGAAAAGCCGUACGUGACCUUGCUCAUCGAGCAGGCGGAAGGUCCAAUUCAAAAGGCCCAAGUGCGGCAGGUUCUGAUGGCCUACAAAGGCAGCGAGACCGAAGUUGAUCCUCCGUUGGCACCGGAUGUGAUGGACAUCUGCAAAGUACAAAUUGAGAGACUGAAGAAACGCGAUCCAAAACCCCAGAAAAGCAUUUUGAAGGAAACGUAGGUUAAAAAAGGUUAUUGACUAGAGUUAACAUGGUUGGAAACUUGGUAGUUAAAUUUUAAUUUAGUUUCCAAACUUUUGAAGUAAAAGAUUUUACAAACCACUAUGUUUCAAAUUUGUAGUUUUGAAUUUUAGUACGGAGCCCCGCGGUCACGUUUCAUUCGAGGAGAAGGCCAGUGCACAAGCGAUCGUGGCUGAGCACAACAACAAGCUCAUGGUCCCAAUCCCUGCUCCCACUCCAGUUGUCAACAACUAUCAGAGCUUGGCCGCCUUGGACAAAGGAAAGAACUGA